AUGAGUGUCCACCAGGACAAAGCCCAGCGCUAUAUCAGCCUGCUAGAUACUGCCCGCGUCAGUGCCACUUGGCAAGAGCUCCCAGAACUUAUACGAAAGGUCUCAAAGCACGCUCCUGGCCGAAAAUGCUUGAUACAGACAGCCAAAGUCGAAUAUAGCGUCGCGAGCUCACAGAGCCAACGUCCCAAUACUGCCGCCAGUACCUCCACCUCUACAGAAGGUGACAUCUCCGCACUCGAGGCAGAAAUUCGAGCUGGCGGGCACCCCUUGGAGGAUGUGGUCCAAGGGCAGGCGUCGUUACUCUGGGCUCACUGGGUCGGAUUAAAGAAGCACAAUGAAUACAUAAAAGUCACUUUCGAUCCUGCUCGCGCAGCGGCAGAUACCAAUUCGGUAUGGACAAAAAUAAGUGUGGUGAAGGCUGUUUAUAUACAGGGCAUGCUCAUUAGUCGAGGCGGCAAUGGACGGCAAGGACAAGAAAUACACAAUACUCUUCUGCCGUGGCUCGACUCGAACCGGAGCCUCGUUGUCUCUACUCCGCAACUGUUAUACUGGGCGCAACAACUUCUCGGUCGCAUAGCUUUGGGUCAGCAACAGACCGGGACAAAGACUCUUACCUCCUCAGAUAAUGACACACCAUCUUUCAGGUUGCAAGCUUUUCGUCACUGGGCAGUACUGGCUACAAAAGCUCCAGAUGUGUCUCGUUCAACAUUUGGAAAUGCACCGGGCCAUCUCUCUAAACUAACGAUGUGGAGAGCUUACUACAGAUUCAUGUCGGAGUUACUACAAGGAAGCCAUCACAAUCCGCCAUCAUCCCCCACAAACAGUCGAGCUGAUCUGUCGAAUGAGCUCCGCCGUGUAGAGACCUCCUACGAGAAUGAGCUCUUGCGAAAUACUCAGUUUCCCAAAGCCGAUGAGUCUAAUGAGGUCAUCGAAGAGUGGGUGGAAAGUUUCAUUCGCAACUGGUGCAUUUUGUCUGGGCCAGAUUGGUCAGAGCCAGACCUCGGCGAGGGUGGCCGUAACGCCGUUGGUAGGAACGUGCUUGACAUGUUAUAUCGAGCUGCUACGAAAACAUUCCAUUCAACGCUCAUCCUCCGACGACUUUUCCAAGUCCACAAGGCCCUGGCUGACUUCGACCUCGCUUACAAAGCUCUGGACACAUACGUAGAACUUAUGGAUCGAGCUCGAGCCCGCGCAUCCAAAGCUGGCGGCGAGACCACCAAGAGGGAUAGCGAUCACACCUAUCUUCAAACUAUUGCUGAGGCCAUCGAGGGCCUCUCUUCUUAUGGCCACGCCGAAGAAGCCGAGAAGGGGUAUGAUUUAUGCCUGAAGCUUGAGGACUUGCUCGACGAAGUAGAACCUCGGCCGGAGGCGGACGUUGCAAAAGGCUCGAACCAUACCAAUGGAGAGUUGGUUGUCCAUGGGUCCAUGCCAGAGCCCCUACCCUCAGAAGUGGUCGAGGUCGUGUAUCGAGCAAUCGGUAUUGGCAAAGCACAGUGGGCUCGAUUCAUCCCAAUCAGCGAAGAUCGUUCCACCCUGCAGUCUGAGGCCGUCGAGAGCCUCAGGAAAGCAGCUUCUCAAGACCUUCCACUUGAACGGAGAUUGAAAUGCCUUUUCGCACUUGGCAGGAUGCUCGGAGAAAUACGAGAGGUUGACGAAGCCAUUGCGGUGGUGAAGCUUGCAUUGGCUUGCGAAUUGAACACACUGGGAGAAGAUCCCACAUAUCGUUUACAGCGAGAUCUGAUCGCGUUCUGGCACCUGCUAACCUUGCUCUUGUCUUCCAAGCAGAACUUUGAGAUUGCCGGCCAAAGUUGUGUUGCCGCUUUCGAGCAAUUUCCCUCACCUGAGGUAAUGUUUGGUGGUGGCCGUGGCGCGAACAGGAGCGGCGAGAAACAGAUGAAAGGUCACCAUCAGAUGGGUCUUGUGGACGAGAUGGAAUGCCAUGAGCUUCAGAGAAUCAUUGAAAUCCGAAUCUCCGAAAUCGCCUUGACGGAGCUCUCGGAAGGCCCUGAGCAUGCGGUCAAUAACAGUAAUGACUUGCUUGCCCUAUAUUCACGGCUAUUUGGGAAGUACGGCACACUUGCACUCACGGAUGAGAGAUCAAGAUCGAGAACAAAAUUGUCGCAAGCCCCUAAAAGCUCGGCUGGCACAAUAAAGAGUUCGCGAGGCAGCAUAUUCUCUCGAAGAGCUGGAAGAAUGCAUGAGGCUCCCAAGGUUCAGAAGGGUGGUGAUCCGGUAUCAGCCCCUGAGGAUGCACGUCGCCCCGACACCCAGACAACACAAGCACCGACGAUACACGUCACCGACGAGGACGAAAAGCCCUCACCACAUAAACACCGUCUAUUCCGAACUUCUCACGAGCGUGCCAAGGACGAAAAGAAACACGGGUCAAGACGCAUCUCGCGGUCGCGUAGUCGUGGGAGAAGCGAUGCGAAUCAAGGGUCAGGUACAGGCCAGUCAUUCGAAACAAUGCCUGAGAAAACAAGCGCUUCUGAGGAACCAUCCCGGCCUGCGUUGCAAACGAUCACCUCUCAAGAAGUCCCAGCUAUACCUGUGACAGCUGACCACGACGAGAGCACGAACGCGAAGAAACCUUUGAAGGAAAUUCCACAUAACCUUGCUUCUCAUGACAGCAUACCACCUCCUUUGCAGCACCAAGAGCAGCCUCCGGAACAAGAUAUACGUCUCCCAAGGAGAGUGCCCUCGGAGCUUGCCCCUCGAUUCCCCCAGACUGCAUCCCAGCGCCAUGCGCUCAGUAUUCUGGUCAAGAUCUGGUUGAUCAUUGCUAUGCUGUACCGACGAGCCAAAAUGUUUGACGAUUCACGCGAGGCAUGCGAUGAAGCGGCCAAGGUGGCAGCCAAACUUGAAAGCAUCAUUGCCGGUGUGGAGAGCUCGGCCCGGGCGUUCAGCAGCGCUGGCUGGGGGGGCGGGGGCAAAAGCUCUGACGAGCUGUGGGCUGACGUGUACUGUGAACGUGCGGACCUUUUGAUAGCCGUCGCCAGAGAAAAGGAAGAAAAAGAAGGCCAGGUGUAUUCUGAAGGGGUACGCGAUGCUGUCGAACAGUACGAAACAUGCCUGAUGUAUUUCAUCAACCACCCGGGAGGCAUCGUGGGGCUCAGCACUGUAUUACUGGACUACUACGAGCGCAAGGUUGAAUUGGCCAGACGAGUUGACAGUGGACCGGCCAAGAUGGGAGAAACGCCAGCCGACAGGGGCCGAAAACAACACAGACGAGAGUUGAGUCGUUCAUCUGACAGUGCUACCAUCAAUGGAGUCGUCUUUGACGUAGACACGACGGCCGGCUCGACGACAGCUAUCCCGUCGCGAGGAGGCAAGGAUGACGAGCUGAAGAAGACUCCGGAGAACCUCAACCGGCUGGCGGCGAGAGAUCGCGCAUAUGGGUUGUUGUCUACCCUGACAAAGCUGGGAUCUGGCUGGGACAACUCAGAAGCGUGGUUUGGCCUGGCACGAGCGCAUGAACUUGGAGGAGAAGUAGACAAAGCAAAGGAGAUUCUAUGGUGGUGCAUUGAGCUGGAAGAUUCGCGACCCAUUCGACACUGGUCCAAUCUUGGGUGUAGUGGCUAUGUCCUUUGA